CGUUAAUUGUUUUAUCGUUUCGUUAAUUACGAGACUAUUAUUUUUACAGUCCCCACAAGCUCAAAACCUGUCAGUUACCGUGAUUACUGUCUGUCAGUUACUGUGAUUACUGUCUGUCUGUUACUACCGUUAGUACUGUUGCUGUUGUAACCAAAAGUAAAGUUCCACAUGUACUGAUGUAGAUCUAUUGUAUAACGUCUUAAAGUUAACGUCAUGAAUCGUAUAAAAAGAAUUGUCGACAUAUCGUAAACGUAAAAGAAUAAAGUAUCGGUAAGGACAGUGUAUUUAAAGAAGCUUGUGUAUUAUUGUUAAACGACUCCUAUAAUGGCUUUGGUCAUUAUAUUAGUUUUGAGCUUAAGACUGUAAAAGUUAAACAGUAGUUGUAAAUGGUUUCUACAAGAUGGCGGAAUCUGUAGCAUCUUCCGAUUUUGACGAAGUAUCAAGUGUCAGUUCAUCUAACAUCAGUCGUAAAUCAAAGGCAUCGUUCAUCACGGUUGAUUCUCUUUUCUCAGCAAAGGCAAAAGAAGCAGCAAAGAAAGCUGAUUUGUUAACAAAGGUUGCGUUUGCGAAAGAACGACAGGCCCUCAAGGAGCAAAAGUUAAAACUAGAGUUUGAACAAGAACAAUUAGAAUUACGAACUCAAUUACAAAUCGUAAACGCUAGAGAAAAGGCCCUCUCAGACAAUUUGAUUCACGAAAUCGGUAGGCCUAUAGAUAAAUGUACACCUAUUCGUUCAAAAUCACCAAAGUUACCUGUAGAUCAAGUAAGCAACCAUUCAGCUGUUUCAUCACAUGGUAAACUAUCUGAUAGAUUGUAUGAAACACCUCAACGUAACGAAAUACCUUCACCUGCAGAUCAAGGUCAUGUAACACCUACAGUUCAUUUACCAGUCGAAACUGCUCAACGUCAUAAUGAAGUUUGUGGUAAAUUGUCUGAUAAAACGCCUCAACAAAAUGAAAUACCAUUGUCUACUCGUCAAGAUCGUGUGACCCCGGUUGGAUCUGUUGAACAAAAGGACAAUAUUCGUAGUUUAAUAAAACAGCAAAAUGAAAUGCAAAAAAGGCAAACACACUUAUCCGAACUUAUGCUCGAACAACAUGAACGUAGUCUUUUACCACAACCACAUAUUAAUAAAUUUAGGGGUGAUCCCUUGAAUUAUCAAUCUUUUGUGAAAUCAUUUGAAAAUCGUAUUGAAAGAAAGUUAGCUGAUUACAGUGAUAGACUUUACUACUUAGAACAAUUAACGGAGGGUGAACCCAAUCAGCUUGUUCGCAGUUGUUUACAUAUGGAACCACAAAAGGGUUACAUUAAAGCAUUAGAAUCGCUUCAGAAAAGAUAUGGCGAUGAAUAUAAAAUAGCAUCAGCUUACACAAGUAAACUGUUAAAAUGGCCUCCGAUAAAAACUGAAAAUUCCAUGCAAUUAAGUAAAUUUGCCAUAUAUCUCUCUAGUUGCCUGAACGCCAUGAAAGAUGUAGGUUAUCUAGAUGAAAUGAAUCAUUCUAAAAGCUUACUUGAACUUAUGGAAAAAUUACCCUAUAACUGCAAGGAACGUUGGCGUAGAAAUGCUGCACAAAUAAGACUGUCACAAUAUAGAAAGGUUGAUUUUCAAGAUUUUGUAGAAUUUGUAAAUGCUGAAGUCGAUAUAGUGACAGAUCCUGUUUUUGGUAAAUCAUCGUGA